AUGAUAUGUAGGUAUCACCAUAAGGCACCGCCAAAUUGGGUAGCUCUUACCACUGCAACCCUAUUCUUUGUGAUUCUUUUGUUAAUCGGUUAUAUUUUAUACGGUGCUGAAAAUCAUAUUGUCAAAGUAGAGGAUGAUUUCCAUAAAAUGGAGGAAUUAAAAGUUCGAGCUGAAGCAGCUUAUGUUGCCAAGUCACGGGGCAUUCAUACUGGUUCUGGUUCUGAUCUUAUCAAUGUUUAUCACUGUCCAGCUGUUGUUUUCUUUUUUCUUUUGUCAUUUGAGAAACUGUAUAAUUUUGAAACUUUCGAUGACUUGAUUGAAUCUCUUGCACCUCUUAUUGGAGUUUCAGUCAGAACCAUAGCACAACUCUCGCUUAAGUUUUGCUCAACUCAAAGUUUGGAGUCUAACACACGUCAUCAGACAAUUCAGAUUAUUUCUUGGUUGGCAAAGUAUAAGUUCAAUAUUUUGAUAAAUCAUAAGUUGAUUCAACCAAUGAAGACAAAGAUGAUCUUGCGUCCGAUCGAGCUGCUGCAGAAGAGCUAA